AUGGAUAACAUAGAUAACUUGUCUUUACAGGAACCCCUGUUAGCAUCGGAAGGUGCCGAAACGAAUGCAAUUGGAAACUCAGAAGAAGGAGAAUCCGAAGAAUAUAUUGCCAACAACAACAACAACAACAAUGAGGAUGGUGACAACGGCAUUGACAAGGAUAUUGCCAUUUAUCUAUGUGGAAAAGAACGAAUUCGAGUCAACCACAACGUUUUUCUGAAUCUACUAUUGUCGUUAACAUAUGGCGUCAGCGGGUCCCUCUGGAACGGAACUGCUUUUGCCGCCUACCUGAAACUCUUGGGACAUGACAAGAAUGGACCAUUAGGAGAUAUUGAAGCUGUCAAUGGCCUGGCUUCGUUGAUAGCAGCACUCCCUAUUGGAUAUAUGGCAGACAAGAUUGGUCGGUCCAAAAUCAUUGCCGCAGGUGGGAUCUUGCUUCUGGUAACCUCUGUGCUUCAAAUAGGUGUCUUGGAAUGGGUGGGAACUUCGGUUGACUUUGCCACGGAAGAGCAACAAUUGACCGCCAUGGUUGCCAUGGGAGUCAUCAUGGCAUUGUGGGGAGUUGGCGAUGGAAUUGUCAAUGGUCCUGCUAGCGCCUUGUACGCCGAUUCGAUUCCCGAAGGAAAACGGUCGCUCUAUUACAAUUACUUGUUUGUCUUUUACAUGGUGGCCUCGGCGGUUGGACCGCUCGUGUCCAUUAUAUUAUUUCAAACCUUGGGGGAUGUUUGGGACAUAUAUCAUUUGCGAAUGGUUAUCUAUGUGGGCAUGGGUAUUGAAAUCUUCAAUUCCUUAGUCAUGAUGUUGUUUGACGAUGCGAAGGCGUUGGAUGAAGAACCAAUGUCGCCAGCGUCGUCCACACCUGAGAAUCAAGAAGAAGGAUGCAAUGACGAAGCUGGUCAACAAAUUGAAGGAGAGGUACAAGAUGGCGAAACACAGGGCAAUAAUGCUUCGUCAAGUGGCCCACGAAGCGGUAUCAUGACCCAAAGAUGGAUUCCCUACAUUAUUUUCUUUCAAGGACUCAUCAUGGCCAUUGGAUCCGGAAUGACCAUCAAGUUCUUCCCCCUCUUUUUCAAGGAUGAAGUCGGCAUGACUCCAUCUCAAGUUCAACUUGUCUACUUCAUUCUCCCUUUUGCCAUGGUGGUUGUCUCGACCGUUGGUGAAAAGUUGUCUUCCUGCGGAUUUGGGCGUGUCCAAACGACGCUCCUCUUUUCUUGCAUGGGAGUCUCGUGUUUGUACGGUAUGGUCUUUUUCAAAUCGUAUCUGGACAGUCAUCCCCUUGUUCUGGUGCCCAUUUAUGUAAUGCGAAGUAGUCUAAUGAAUGGGUCUUACCCACUGGUGGAAUCCAUCUUGAUGGACUUCGUUCCCAAAGACGAACGAGCGCGAUGGAAGUCUUUGGAUAGCGUAGCAUCCUUUGGUUGGUGUGGAAGCGCUGCCUUGGGCGGCAUGAUUGCGGACAGGAUGCGCAUCACUCGCCCGAAUGAUCCCAUUAUGGUCCAUGCGGAUGAUAUAGAAGCUGCGUUUCGACGAGUGCUCUAUCAUCCUGAUAUGGCGUGUGCUUUUGCAUAUGUUUAUUCUGAUUAUCUGAUGGUUCCAGUGGGUCAAGUUUUUGGUUCUCGGAGUGCGCCUUCCUACUACUGUGUACUUGCUGAUGUCCGCCAAGCAUUGGCGGCUUGUCGACAGGAUGAGCCUAUUCUUCAUCCAUUGGUCGCUUCCUGCACCUAUGAGGUAGAUACUUCCUCUCCUCUUGUACAGGUGCCUCCAGAUUCGAAUCAUCCUCCACUCACUUUGCAGGAGCAAACUGAAAUGUACAAUGCGAGCUUUGUGGACGAUAAUGGAGUGGCGGCAUAUUUGGAAACGAUGCCGCAGGCACUCCAACACAGCGUCAGGUCAGCUUUUGAAGUCUUUGGUGACGCAGAUCGUCGAGGUGGCUGUCUUCAGGAUGCUAAGUGGACCUCUCUUGUUUCCGAGACUUUUCUUUUUCUUGGAUUCCGGAUUGACACUCAUGCUAUGACCGUUUCUUGGCCUUUUGCAAAACGGAAAGCACUGGAUGAUGAAAUCCAGGAUAUUCUUUCUCGAAAACGAAAAUAUGUGACUCCCAAAGAGAUGGCUCACAUUAUUGGUGUGAUUCGAUCGGCGGCGGCCAUUGCCCCAUGGGGAACGUUUCUUAGUUUUAAUUUACAAAAUGCGCUGACGACAGCUGCAAGAAAUGCAUAUUCUACGAAUCGUUCUUGGUGGACUCGGUCUUGGAUCUAUCUUUCAGGAGUUGCUAUUGCAACAUUGCAUCAGAUUCGGGAAACACUUACUGUUCCUGAAGGAAGUCCAUUGUGGUCGCGUCCCAUUUCCCUCUAUUUGGACCGUGAUUUUUCACACCGCGUGUUUUCGGAUGCUAGCUAUGCUGGAAUUGGUGGAUGGAGUUCUGAUUUUGGUUUCCUUUGGCGCCUUUGUCGCGAGGACCUUAUACGUGCUGGAUUUGAUAUGCGUGACAUUGAUUUGGCGUCUUCCGAACCUGUUUCGGAUGGCUCCAAUGAAGGUCUCCAUAUCAAUCCUUUGGAAUUCAUUGGUGUUCUGGUGAACCUUUGGAUUGUUUUGAAAUUUGUGAAGAAAUUGGGACCCCGUUCGGGGGGCUACAUUCUGCUUCUGUUGGCGGACAACACCACUGCAUUGGCAUGGAUGUCUCUUGCCGCUCGCACCAAAAAUCCGUUGUUACAAGGACUUGCCCGUUUGGGCGCAGCACUGCUUGUUCAUGCUGCAGCUUUACUAACCAAGGUUGUUAAGCGACACUUGCCAGGCGAUCAGAACGACGUGGCGGACGCCUUAACUGGACGACUGUCGCAUUUGCCUAGUCCCCUUCGAGCUGCUUUCAACGAUUGCGUCCGUGAUUUCAUCACAAUCGACCGCGGUACGGUACGAUCAAAUAACGACCAAUCUUUUGAAUCUCGAGCUGCGCAUUUUGCCCGCUUCUGCGAGGACAUGGAAUGCUCCGAGCACUAUUUACGAGGAUUAGACUGGGCUGACACUCUUCGACUUCUGGGUACCUAUUUGCAUUCAGUCCAGCGUGGCAACAAUUUGGACAACCUCACUGAUUUGAGUGCGCAGACCAUGACAAAUUACCUGUCUGCUGCUCAUCGUUGGCUUGAGGUCGUUCAGGACCAUUCCAUUGAUAUAUAUGACCCGCAUUCCUCUGGCAAAGGACGCCGAUAUCAUCCCUUCUUAGCCCAACAACUUGCUGAUUGUCGGUCUUGGAAGAAACCAAGAUCAAAACGUGAGCCUUUUUCAAUGCUCAUGUUCGAAAAACUCUUGGCCGAAUUCUCUGCUUCCAUUACUCCAACACUUUGUUUUUUGAGCAAAGCAUUUGCAGUAUAUGAUUGGGCUCGAUUGGGCGUUUUCACCGGCUUUCGCAGUGCAGAAUACUCUCAGACUCGGGUCCCGAAAGGACAGCGUUUCAUGAAAAUCCCUGCAUCUGCUUUCAUCCCUGAAGAAUUUCGCAAUACACCACUGGCGUUCAUUCCAGAUGAUUUCCGCUUCUAUGAUCGCAAUCACUGUUUGGUCCCACAUCAUUUGGUAUUCUGUCGACAUUUAAAAGGGGAGAUUCUGGAGUUGGAGAUUCGUUGGCGCUAUGACAAGAGUGCCAACAACUUCACCAUCCGUCGAUUUCGCCUGACGUCACAUCCGAUUUUUGAUCCGAUAGAUGCUGCAGUGAGUAUAGUCCAUCGAUGCCACCUUUUGAAGGUUCCGUCUGUUGAACCAAUGGGGGUAUUCAGUACUAAUGGCAGCACCUACCGAUUUCUACGCGACUCUGAUGUUCGCAAAGUGAUGCAGCAUUCAGUGGAUCUGGCCUACCCAGAUAAAAAUCACUACAUGCAACGCAACAAACAUCUCAUCCAGCCUCAUUCCAACCGAAUCACUGCCGCAGUUUGCCUUCAACGUGGUGGAGCCAGUAAUGACGACAUUGCGUUUAAAUUGCGCUGGAGUCCGACAUCUGUGCCCACAUACUUGCGUGACUGCUUCCAAGGCGUCGGUGAUCUGUUGCAGAAGGCCAUUACUGGAGUGAUGAAGAUGUCUUUUUCAUAG